AUGCGGUCUCUAUCUCUCUUCACGUCUGCUUGUGUGCUUCUGGCCACGGCGGCCGCCACUCCCGCCUCGGCCGCCCAUCUCCCGCAAUACCACAUCCCGGGACUGCCCAGACGUCCGCCUCCGCUCCCGGUCGAGGCCCCCGAGCCGACAAGAUCGUGGACCGGCCGCUGGUUCAACUUCUGGCCCUUGACUCUCAUCCACACUGGCGAACCCGGCCAGUACACGACACUCGAGGCCCAGUACGACGGCCAGGUCGUGUUGCGCUUCAAUGUCUCGACGGUCGAUCACGAAGCCGCCCUCGGCAAGGCAGCCGAGCAGAUGUCUCUGGAUGUCUGGGACUUUGCCGCCAACUAUACCGAUCUGCGCAUCCCCAAGAGGCGCAUUCGUGCCUUGCUGAGCCUGCUGCCCAAGUCUAUGCAGACCGAGCAUAUGAUUCUGAUUGAAGAUGUCGCUCGUGCCGUGGCUGCCACCUAUCCGUCGCCCAAGAACAGGUUGGAUCUCGACGCCAUCGUGACACACGGCCAGACCCCCGUGGACACCAAGAACCGAGGCCAGGGUGUCAACGACUUGUUCAAGCACAAGAUGGAUGACCUGUUCUUCAAGGACUACCAGCCACUCUCGGUCAUCACGACGUGGAUGCAAUAUAUUGACACCAUGUUCCGCUUCGACCAGGCAGGGCUGGUCACCAUGUUUAGCAUCGGUAAAUCCUACGAGGGACGAGACAUCCCCGCGCUACGGGUUGGACUUGACGCUACCAAGCACCACAGCAAUAAGAAGAAGAAGCCCCGGAAGACCAUGCUCAUCACCGGAGGCCUGCACGCGCGCGAGUGGAUCUCCGUUAGCACGGUGAAUUAUUUGGCAUUCAUGUUCGCCAGCCACUUUGGGAAGAAUGAGCUGAUUACGUCUAUACUCGAGGAGUUCGAUCUAGUCUUCGUCCCUGUUGUCAACCCGGACGGCUACGAGUACACGUGGAGCGUCGACCGGCUUUGGAGGAAAUCACGCCAACGCACUUCCAUGCGUUACUGCCAUGGCUUUGACCUCGAUCACUCGUUUGGGUAUCGCUGGGAUGGCCCUGGGCGCAACGAUGAGCCGUGCUCUGAAGGUUACGGGGGCGACAGGCCGUUUGAGGCCGUCGAGGCCUUGCAGCUGGCCCAGUGGGCCAAGAAUCAGACGAGGCACAACGUCGACCUCGUGGCAUACUUUGACCUGCACUCCUAUUCACAACAGGUCUUAUGGCCGUACGCUUAUUCCUGCGAUGCCAAGGUCCCCAAUCUGGAAAACAUGCAAGAGGUUGCCAUGAACAUAGCAAAGUACAUGAGACUCUCUACCGGUGAAGUGUACAACGUGGGAUCCGCAUGCGAGAGCGCCGUGGCGCGCGGUCCUGCAGCCUCAGAUACGUCGAUGGGAGUUCAGAGACGUCGAAUUGAAGCUGCGGGAGGGUCGGCGAUUGACUACUUCCACCACGACCUCAAGGCUCGUUACAGCUUUCAGAUCAAGCUACGGGACACUGGGAGCUACGGCUUUCUGCUCCCAAGCGAGAGCAUCGUGCCCGUCGGCGAUGAGGUCUUCGAGGCGGUCAAGUUCUUGGGAGACUAUCUACUGGGCAACAACGGGAUUGAGAGGGGCCACGCCGCUCCUCAGGCUACCGACACGAUGACGACCGGCAGGCCCAGCCUGGGGUUCGAACUGCGGCGGAAGCUCAAAAGGUAG